CGAAUCUCUUCUUGGUCGAUUAUUCUUGGCGUCAGCCUUUCUUGACCCGUCAGAUCCUCAAUUCUUUAUCAGCAUUUAUCAGCAGUAGCAGCAGCAACCCAAACGGUACAACUGCAGGAGAGAUGGAUUACUCUUUCUAUUCCACUCCCAAUGCGCAGCAGCCUUAUCCACUGUACGACCUUCACGGACUGCCCACCCCCGAUCAGAGCCGCCCGGUCGCUCGUGCUGAAGAUGCCCAGGGCACUUUUCCUCAUCUUGGAUCACAUAAUUACCAGUCCUUCGAUCCGAACUUACGCUUUUCGGAUGCUCAUGGCAUUGCUUCUUUUGUCGCUCCCCCGCACUCGCCGCCCGAAUCCCUGACCAAGCAAUCGGUGUCAAGCAACGAUGUCGCCAACCAACACUUUGAUCAAGCGUCCCUCGAGGCCGACGAUCUGCCCGUCGAAUUCAAUCCUGCUCGCAGUAGCAGCGAGGAAAAGGACAAUAUGACACCAGCACAGUCCAAGCGGAAGGCACAGAACCGAGCUGCUCAGCGAGCGUUUCGCGAACGCAAAGAACGCCAUGUGCGCGAGCUGGAGGACAAAGUCAACAAGAUGGAGCAGGAAUCGAACACCCUGAUGGCGGACAAUGAGCGGCUGAAGCGCGAGCUGGCCAAGUUCACCACGGAGAACGAGAUCCUCAAGGCGACGUCGGGCUCGUUCCGGCCGCCCAACCAACAUUCUAUGGACGCGGAACCGACGAUGACGGGGCCGCUCAAGUAUUCGCCGACCGAUUUCAACUCCACUUCUUCCGACGCCGCGGGCGAGCUUCCGCCGCGCCACAGAGUGACGACCUGCCCGGUCACCGGCGAGAGGCUCCUGGACGCCGGUGCCACUUGGGAGUUUAUACAGGAGCAUGACCUGUUCAAGCGAGGGUCGCUGAACAUUGCUGACGUCUACCAGCGGCUCAAGGGCGCCGCUCAGUGUGAUGGGACGGGCCCCGCUUUCCGGGAGAGCGAGGUGCGCAAGGCUAUCGAGGAAAGUUCGGCCGCCUGCAGUGACGAGUUGAUAUGAUAUCCCCUAAUGUUUUUAGCGUAGACUCCUUUCUUAUCUUUUGCUUUUGUUUAUACACAUGCUUUACAAGUCUGACUUCGGGUUGGAUUGCUAUGGUACAUUAGGCGCUUCGGCUGGCAUAUUACGGGACGUGCGAUUGGAUUCACUACUAAUGGUACUAGUCGACAGCCGUGAGACUUACUCGCGGCUCAUCGUCCGGAGGAAGUGGUCGAUCUCAUCUGUUCGACUCAUUUUGGAGUUGGAAGGCAGUUUUUGGAGUAAUGAGAUACGAUACCGUUGUCGUUUAAGUCACUGGGUAUGGGUGCGCUCUUCUCCUGCUAUAGGGAUCAUAUGCCCUUACAAAUCUAUCC